AUGCUCAGUGGCACUCAGGUCUUCUUUCAUGGCAGCAUGUCAAUCUCUGAUACUUGGAAAGCCAUGGGAAGAUCGAAGGUGUUGCCUUCUUUCAUGGCCUUGUUCUACCCUAAUAUUCAGGGUAGUGAUCGGUUGUCUGCCAAUCAAAUAUCUACAGUGCUUCAACUUUCACUGUCAAAAACUCUUACCUAUUAUUACCCCUUUGCUGGAAGGCUAAAGAACAACCUUUUUAUCGACUGCAAUGACAUGGGAGUUCAGUUUAUCGAAGCCGGAUAUCAGACAUUAUCAACCAACCGAACUUUCAUUUGGAAGAUCUCGUCUUUCCAGCCGCAUCUGGUCAUAUAUCUCCCAUCACUAGAGCUUCAAUCACUCUUUCCUCCAGUUGACGAUCCAACAAUGUUGAAGCUAUACGCCGUGCCAAAGAGGGAAACAUGCUUGACCAGAAGAUUCUUGUUCCAUGCUUCAAAAAUUGCUCAACUUAAGGCUAUGGCAACUAGUUCAGGAGUGGAUAACCCGACUCAAGUUGAAGUUGUGACUGCUCUAAUUUUGAAGCGUGCAAUGUCUGCAUCAAGGGCUAACUCAGGCUCAUUUAGGCCCUCCAUGUUUCGCAAUGCUGCAAACUUGCGACAAAUAACUAUCCCUCCGUUGCCACAGAAUUCUGUUGGAAAUUUCAUUACCGUCUAUCCCGUAGUAGUGGAGAACGAGGAUGAUGUGAGAUUUCCAGAAUUGGUUAGUAAACUAAGGAAUGGUCGAAGGAAAAUCCAAAAUGAGUACAAAGAAAAGUACGAAUUUUAUCCAAUUGAAGAAUUCCAAUCCGCACUUGCAAAGCGGGAAGCAUUGUCAAGAAAUUUGAUGUUUACCAUGGCUCCAGCAUGUGUAGACUCCCAUUUUAUGAUGUGGAUUUUGGUUGGGGAAGACCUUCAUUGGUGCGCUAUGCUACUAAACUAG